UGUUCAUAGCUAUCUGAACUCAUAGCAGUCCUAGUCCGAGGUGUUUUGUUGCAACAGUAUAGUCGCUUAAUACUACGAUUUCGAAACUUUCGCUACUUACUUUGCUAUGGUUGAAUGACGAUGCCUUUUGGAGACAAAACUAUAUUCCAAUAAGGUGGCUGGUUCACCGGUCAUUUUGAAGCGUCACAGGAUGUGCAAAUAUAUUUCAAUGGAUCUUCAUGGCUGCUGUAAAUCAAUUGAUUGCGGAUUACUUCAAGUUAGUCUUCCAAGUUGUUGACUGGAUUAUGCUCUGUCAAGCUUUAGGUGGGUUGCUUAUGGCUCUACCUAUUGGAUUAUUGUGUAUUGCGAAGCCACUACACACAAAAAUAUUUUUCAAAAGCGCCUUACUGCAAUAUCGUGGUUUCAUCGCUAGGAGUGCUGUUGUUCUUCAUACCGGAAAAGGAUUUCCACUUCUGAUGAUUUCUGGACUACUUACUGGUGUUGCGAACACUGUUUACUUCGUACUGAUACCACUUGUUGGCACGGUCUGGUUUGGCGAAAGAGAACAAGGAACAAUUUAUGGAAUCGGAUGGUUUGCUGUAUCAGCUGGAGGCUUAUUGGCGACGGUGUUGCCAACAUUACUACUGCACUUGUCUUCUCCAGACGAAGUGGCCCACGAUAUUCACAGAGUGGUGUAUGUAUUUGUUUUUAUUUGUGUGUUUUCUUUUAGCAGUCUCUUAGGUCUGUGUGUAUUAAUACCAAAUAUGCCGGCAAUUCCACCUUCGCGCGUCGAGGCAAUGCGAGUACAAGCCAUUAGCUCAUCAAUUCAUGAGUUGACAAUGAAAAAGGCAAUUCGUGAUUUCAUCAUAGAACUAAAAGUACUCAUUACUGAAGUGAAUAAUAUGAUUCUCUCACUCAUUUUUGCCAUUGCUCAAGCAUUAUUUAGUGUCCAGUACAUGAUGACGCCGAUCAUCUCAACAGACGGAGAUGAAAGUAUAGCAACAUUGGCAUCCAUGAAGCUACGAAUACUUAUUUCGUUUUCUGUCGGAGGUCUCGUGGCGGCAGUCGCGACGGGCAUAGCUGUCGACAAAUUUAAACAAUACAACCCAAUGGCGAGGUUUAUAGGUGUGGCUUUAUUUUUGUCAAGUAUUUUAAUGAUUUUAUGCUUCUAUUUUAAACUUCAAAUUGUAAUGUAUUUUGCUUAUUUUUUCUAUGGGGCUUUCAUCGGUUCUAUAACAGCUUUUGUUGCUGAAAUCUUAAAACAAACAGUUCAUUUAAAAGUCAGCGAAUCGACUCAAGGAAUAUGGCUUGCGAUCGGUAUGAGCGUAUUCACUUUUAUUAUACCACCUGUAGUUAGACUGGUAUAUUCGAAAUAUGGUCCUCUUUAUUUUUUUAUUUUAAAUUCGUCCUUGGCCCUAAUACCAUGCAUCAUGGCAUGUAGCAUAAAUCCCAAACUUCAAAGAUUUUUAACGGAAACCGUCAGAUUAAUGGACGGGGCUGCCGACAUUGAAAGAAAUAGUCCAGACGGUCGGGAACAAAGCUAGUUGGGUAACAUAUUAAUUCAAAAUACUGUAAAACAACAACAUUUAACUAUUUUCUGAAUCUGUUUCAAUGAUAUACAUAUUCAAUCAAGGCCUUAGACAAGCAGAUAUGUAAGAAGACACCAACAUGAGUAGGUCCCACGCCCUAAACUCUAUGUCAUCUCAGUGCGAAUGCUAUGUCAUCUCAGUGCACUAGGUCAGGUCAUUGCGAAUGCUGACCUGCUACCGUAUUAAACAUAAUUUUAAUGCAAUUUGUUUUCAAGCAUUUCAUUUUAGAAUACAGCAUUUAUAUUCGAACAUAGUACCACGUUUCGUUUUUCGAUAAUUAGUUUCUCUUAGAUUUUCUGCGUCUUCCGGUGACCGUACAUUUGAACCCAUGUGUAUAUCCGAGGGUUCAAUCUAUAUGUGGGUCCAAGAACCCAUGGGUUAGGGUUAGUAUAAGUUAAAAUAUCCGCAAAACAAAAAAAUUCCCAUAGGUGCAAUAGUAUGCAGGUAGCAAUUGUCGUGGGUUCAAAUGUACGUGGGUUCGAAUGUACGGGAACCGCAUCUUCCACGUGAAACCUCUAGGGGUGAUAAUCUGUUGGAAGCGAUUCCAACUUAAACACGUUUUUCCAGUCUCCCUUUUCACGGUGGUGUGUAAUAAAUAUUAUACUGCAUUAUUUCAUAUUUCUGCCAGUAUAUAUAUAUAUUUACUAAUAAAUUUUACGUCUUAAAUUGUUAAC